GGUGAAUCCGUAAUCUGCUGUCGGCUACAGCACCAUCCUGUUAUAUGUUCACUGUUGUACAAUAAACAGAUUAUAAAGAGAAUAAAAUGCAGUCGGAAGACGCGCAGUAUCUCAAACGGAGAGUGAAGCCGGGGAAUAUUGACGUUCACCCCACAGAGAAGGCCUUGGUGGUGCACUAUGAGGUGGAGGCUUGCGUCCUGGGAGAAAACGGAGACUCCGUACAUGAGGAGCGUAAAGAGUGUCAGAAGAUCAUACGACUGAAGAGUCUCAAUGCCAGCACAGACGUCUCGUCUCUCGCCAGGAAGGUGGUGGACGAAUGCAAACUCAUUCCUCCGUCCAAAGUGACCGAGGUGGAACAUCUUCUCUUCUACCUGCAGAACCGCAAGAAGUCUAGCAGUAAAGAAGCAGAGAAGGAGGAGAAGAAGCUGGUGAAACCUCGAGAGCUCACUCCCUUUGAGGGGAUGGAGCUCGACGAGGAGGCCAACAUUAAUAAGAUCGAUGAGUACCUCGACCUGCUGUAUGAAGGAAUCCCAGAGAAGAUUAGAGGCACCACCCUCAUCCUUCACCUCGCACGAAACCCUGACAACCUGGAGGAGCUUCUGCAGAACGAAACGGCCAUCGUGGCUCUAGCGAGAAUGUUAAAAGACGAAUGGAAGCAGAGCAUAGAGUUGACCACAACCAUCAUUUACGUCUUCUUCUGUUUCUCCAGCUUCUCCCAGUUCCAUGGUUUGAUCACGUACUAUAAGAUCGGAGGUUUGUGCAUGAACAUCGUGGAACACGAGCUGAAGAGAUACAAGCUGUGGCAGGAGGAGCUGGAGAAGAAGAACAAAGCCUGUGAAGAAGAUGCUGAUAACCAGAGCCUGAAGAAAGACUGUGAGAAAGCCUAUAAGAAAUAUCAGAGUCUGCUGGUGAAGCAGGAGCAGCUGCUGAGAGUGGCUCUGUACCUGCUCCUGAACCUGGCCGAGGAUACGCGCACAGAGCUGAAGAUGAGGAACAAGAACAUUGUGCAGCUGCUGGUCAAGACUCUGGAUCGGGAUAACGAGGAGCUCCUGGUGCUCGUCGUCUCUUUCCUCAAGAAGCUCAGCAUCUUCCUGGAGAACAAGAACGACAUGGCGGAGAUGGACACCAUCGAGAAGCUCUGUCGCUUGGUGCCAUGCGAUCACGACGACCUGCUGAACGUCACGCUGCGCCUCUUGCUCAACCUCUCCUUCGACACGGGACUCAGAAACAAGAUGGUGCAGGUCGGCCUCCUGCCUAAACUCACUGCCAUGCUGAGCAGUGAGACUCAUAAGCAGCUAGUGAUGUGUAUCCUGUACCACAUCAGCAUGGAUGACAACUCCAAAUCCAUGUUCGCUCACACUGACUGCAUCCCACAGCUGAUGAAGAUGCUGUUUGAAAGAAGAGAGGAGAGAAUCGACCCUGAGCUCAUCUCCUUCUGCAUCAACCUGGCGGCUAACAAGGAGAACGCUCAGAUCAUCUGUGAAGGAAACGGUUUGAAGCUGCUCAUGAAGAGAGCGCUGAAGUUUAAAGACCCGCUGCUUAUGAAGAUGAUCAGGAACAUCUCACAACACGACGACCCACUAAAGCAGCUUUUCCUGGAUUAUGUGGGUGAUUUGGCGGCUCAGAUCAGGCCUGAAGAAGACGAAGAGUUUGUAAUUGAGUGUUUAGGGACGUUGGCGAACCUCACCAUCCAUGACCUGGAUUGGGAGCUGCUACUCCGCGAAUACAACCUUGUCCCCUACCUCAAAGAGCGGCUCAAACCUGGCUCAGCAGAGGACGACUUGAUCCUGGAGGUGGUUAUACUGAUUGGCACUGUGUCCAUGGACGACUCCUGUGCUGCCAUGUUGGCCAAAUCUGGCAUCAUUCCUGCUCUUAUAGAGCUUCUUAACGCCCAGCAGGAAGACGACGAGUUUGUAUGCCAGAUUGUCUAUGUUUUCUAUCAGAUGGUUUUCCACCAGGCCACCAGAGAUGUCAUUAUUAAAGACACCCAGGCUCCGGCGUACCUCAUCGACCUCAUGCACGACAAAAACGCAGAGAUCAGGAAAGUGUGUGACAACACGCUGGAUAUCAUAGCAGAGUAUGAUGAACAGUGGGGUUGUAAGAUCCAGUGUGAGAAAUUCCGCUGGUUUAACUCUCAGUGGUUGGAGAUGGUGGAGAGCCGAGAAACAGAAACAGAGCCGUACCUCUAUGGAGACACUGAGACACUGGAUCCACCAGACCUGUUCUACAGUACGGAUGGGAUGCCUUCUGAUGUAGGUCUGAGUCCGGACCCUUACGCUCAGUAUGACGACUUUAGCACAUGCAACGGAUCGGAUGGCCGCCCUGCCACCGCGUAUGGGUUUCGCCCAGACGAGCCGUUCUACCACCGAGUCUCCAGCUAGAGGAAAACGAUCACCUCUCAUACCUACAGUCCAUUUCCACACCACGCUGAGUCAGGAAUGAGAUGUCCACCUUAUUAAAAACCCCAGAUCGCUCAUGUAUUCAGAGAUUUGGAGAUAAACGCAAUCCUGCAACUCCUCUGUAAACAGAAAAAACAUACAGAUUAUGAGAAGUCCAGAUGUAGUGAUCACAGAUUAAGAUAUAAACAUCCAGAUUAAAAUAUUCACAGGAAUAUUUAACAGGAGUUCAGGUGACAUUUCGGAUCUGAUUAAGAGUCUGAUUAAAACUUCCAGGUUAUGAGAAGUACAGAUUCGUCCUAAUUAAAGUACUUAAAAUAUGAGAUCUAAAAAAAAUACAUUUAGGAUUUACAGAUUAUGAAAAGACCAGUUUAAGGUCCGGAUUAUAAAUCAUUCAAAUGAGGCGAUAUCCAGAUUAGGACAAGCAGAGACGAGAUUAUUCAUUCAUCCAGUUCCAUUUUCAUCCUGCUUUUCCUGGUGAGUUCCACAGUCUAGAGACCAGAUUACGAUAUUCAUAUUAACAGGAGUCCAGAUUUUGAUGAAACGACAAAGAGAACUCCAAACUGGGCGUCCAGAUAAAAGAAACACUGAAUGAACAUGAAUGAGGGGAAAUAGAAAGGAAUACAUCCAGAUUAGAACGAGGCCCAGAUUAUAACAUUCAGGAUUAAAUAGAUCAAAUUUCUCUUUCAUUUCUAGAAGUUUCUUGGGUGUUCUUGAGCGUCACCGAUACGGAUCACGCCAAAGUCGAGCGUUGCGCUGCCUCAUGAGUUUUGCUCACGUUAACCCAGUUGAUCAGUUUUUCAUUGUAAUUUUAGGAUAUUUAUAUUAUUUAUACAAUUUUUUGAAAGUCACUUUAAUUGAUCAUUAGUUUGAACUGACUGCACUUUAAUUUUUUAUAGCAUUAACACCACUUGAACUGUUUAUCUAGAGUAUUUAACGUCUUUAUGUUCAUCUUGUCAAAAUCAAGCAUAUUAAACAUUAAUACAUUAUAAACACUCUCUUUAUCUUAACGAUGACACUAAAAACAAGUUAAUGGACUGUUAACCGGUUUGAAACAAUAGCUAGCUAGAUAAUUAGUUUAUCUAAUGUUAAUGUUACCUUACUGAUGUUACAUUGAUAGGCAAGUUCACGAACAACCGAGAUAACAUUGUGGGAAAAAAAGAAAAGAAUUAUUUUUAAUGCUAAAAUGAAUGCUGAUAUAAUAUAAUUCGGAUGAAAAGACUUAGCAAAUAUUUGAUCAUUAGCCUGUUGUAUUAGCCUAGCAUGUACAUGUACAGAUUUCUGAAGGUUGAUGACAGUGACUGAGGACAUGAGCCAUGUGGAUAUACCACCUUUCUUUGUAGCAGCAAAUCAGACAUUAUGUUGAUCUUCCACUCUUUGUACUGAUAACGUCACAAUAUUUUCAUGCUUAUUUAUUCCAUUUCACUCUGUUCUGAAAUGUUAGUGCUUUAAACAUAGCUAUCACUUUCUCUAUUUUUUGAUACAAGUUUUCCUUUAUCUAUCUAUCUGUAUUUUUAGUCAGAUGUUUUUAAUUUAAGACGUUAACCUCCGACAGCACGAUGAUAAACACGUUUCGACUGUAACACAAAGAAUAAAUAAAGUCUCCCUGCACUGCGAAAGGAAACACGUGAAAGUUAAAUGUGAAUAAAUCUGUUCAACUGAA